AUGAAACAACAAUUCGAAAAGAGAAUCAAUCAACCCGAUAGCAUUCCAAAACGAGAAAACGGAAUGGGUAUCAACUCAGCACUCUAUAUUAUGAUCAAUGUGUUAGCGCUAGUAUUGAAAAACCCUUCAGUUGUAAAUGGUUUGCAAUCGGCUCGCUCACCAGCACAUCGAUCACUUCUGACGAAAUCAAACUUACUCAAUCAAAGACAUCACCUCCCGAGCUCAUGGUUUGGGGCCACAAGAUUGGCAUCCUCCGAGCGCGAUGAUUCAGAAAAGCCAAAAAAGAAAGGACCACAGAGCAAGAAGAUAAAGCUGAAAGAAAUCACUCCAGAAAAGAUAGACGCACUAGCAGCAGCUUUUGAUGAUCUGGCAAGGAAGGAAGGUUUCGACUCGUCUCUUUCCCGUAUGGCCGACGACGAUACCUUCGAAGACUACUUUGACGGCGAUGAAGAUGAUGAAGAUGAUGAAUUCAUGGAUGACGAUGACGAUUUCUUGGACUUUGGUAGCGAUGCUGCCGAUGAUGAUAUGGAUGCGCGUAUUGCUGCAGCUCAGAAAGAAUUUUCAACCGGUAGAGUGUCUGUGCCAAAAGAGCUGGAAGAAUUUGCUUCGAAGAAAAAAGAGGAUGUAUUCAAAUCUAAGAAAAAAGAGGAUGUCUUUGAUUCCUUGGAUUUGAGUCUUGCUGAUUUCCAAGAUAUGGACGAAGAGGAUUGGGACGACGAUGGUAUGGACGUUCCCAACACUGCUGCCAGGAGAGACACGAAAAGUGGAAGGGUAGAGGCCAGUGACGUCGACCUUCGAGAACUUGGCUACAAGAGAGAGGCCAAUCCAUUUGGAAACGAUGAGACUCCAAGGAAAAAACAAUACACGCUAAUCUCCGAUGCCAUGACAUGCCAAGCUUGUGGUUCCAGCUUUCAAUCGACAAAUGAGCAAAAGCCUGGAUUCCUUCCAGAUCAGAAGUUCGAGACUCAAGUGAAGCUUGCAAAGAUUGAAGAAAUGCAGAAGCUUCAGGACAAGGCAGAGACAAAGGAGUGGACGGUUGAUGACGAGAUUGAAUACCUCAUUCAGACAAGUGGAGGGGAAGCGGAUGGAGCCGAAGAUGAUGCUGAAAUCGAUGUCGAAGCAAUGGCUGAAGAAAUGGAGUUGGAUCUAGUAGAGCUUUCAAAGAAGAAGGUGAUUUGCAAGAGGUGCCAUUCACUUCAAAACACAGGAAAGGUUGAAGAGGCGCUCAGACCCGGGUGGACCGAUGAACCAACCAUGUCUCAAGAGAAGUUCCGAAACUUGCUGAAGCCAAUCAGAGAGAAACCGGCCGUCAUUAUUGCUCUCAUUGACCUUUUCGACUUUAGCGGUUCUGUAUUGAGAGAGCUUGAUGGCAUUGCUGGAGACAAUCCUGUGAUUCUCGCUGCUAACAAGGCCGAUUUGUUGCCAAAAAACAUGGGUAAGCAAAGAGCAGAAAACUGGGUUCGCCGCGAGUUGGAGCAUAUGGGAGUUCAGUCUAUUGCAAAUGUUGGCGGCGCUGUCCGCUUGAUUAGCUGCAAGACUGGUUUUGGAGUCCUUGAAAUGCUUGGAAAAGCACGAAAACUUGCAGAUAAAAUGGAAUGCGACAUAUACGUGGUUGGUGCGGCCAAUGCAGGAAAGAGCACUCUCAUCAAUAACAUCUUGGCCAGUGAGGAAGACAAGACUGAUGAAAAGAAGAAAAGGGCGGGGAACCGAAAUGCUUUCAAAGGAGCGCUCACCGCAAGCCCUUUGCCAGGCACUACUUUGAAGUUCAUCAAAAUCGAUCUCGGUGAUGGAAUGAGCCUAUACGAUACUCCAGGUUUGCUCGUUCCAGGUACAAUCACCCAGUUGUUGACUCCAGAGGAGUUGAAGAUUGUAUGCCCAAAGAAACAAGUGGAACCCAUUACAUUCCGAGUGAGCUCAGGAAAAUGCGUCCUUGUAGGAGGACUUGCGAAGAUCGAAGUCAUUGGUGACACAAAACCGUUUCUGUUUACCUUCUUUGUUGCCAAUGAGAUCAAGCUUCACCCAACAAGCUCAGAUAGAUCAGAAGAAUUCAUCAAGAAACACGCUGGUACCAUGCUGACCCCGCCAUUUGAACCUGGUGAAGAGAGAAUGGAACAGCUUGGAGAGUUCGAGUCUCACAUUUUCGAUAUUGAGGGAUCUGGAUGGAAAGAAGCUGCUGCUGACAUCACAUUGACUGGCCUCGGAUGGGUUGCCGUCACGGGGGCUGGAACAGCAAAGAUCAAGCUCAGUGUUCCAAAGGGAAUUGGUGUGUCAGUAAGACCUCCACUCAUGCCCUUUGACGUCUGGGAAGUUGCUUCGAAAUACACUGGGGGUCGCGCAACUCGAAAGAUCGGAAAGAAAAGUAAGAGCGGGAAAAGGAGGAAGGGAGUUGGAAGAAACUGA